AUGGAAAACAUGGCUUCGGACAGCCAAUCAGAUUCACAGGAGACCAAUUCUACAGCAUUGGUAGAAGAUUCUCUAAAUAUUACCUUUGAGGAUGUGUGUUACAAAGUUAGAGAUUUGUUCUCGGGUGGAGGACGCAAAACGAUUCUCAAAGAAGUCAGCGGACAAUUCAAUUCAGGAGAGCUCAACGUAAUUAUAGGACAGUCUGGGGCGGGAAAGAGUUCUCUCAUGGAUAUACUAGCUGGAUACACAAAACCAACUACAGGCAGAAUCUAUGUAAACGGGCGGACGAGAAAUGAGAAACUAUUCAGAAGACGGUCCUGUUAUAUCUUACAAGACGACAAGAUUUAUGACACGCUAACCGUCGACGAAUCACUGAAGAUUGCAGCUGAAUUAAAAUUAGGAAAUCACAUAAGCAGGCAACAAAAGAAGAAACGGAUAGAGGAAUUGAUGACAUCGCUGGACGUCGGAAGAGUAAGAAACACAAGAGUGGGAAAUCUUUCCGGAGGUCAAAAAAAACGACUGGCCAUUGGAUUAGAACUAGUCAGUGACCCACCAGUUAUGUUUCUGGAUGAACCAACGAGUGGUUUGGACAGUUCGAUAUCAAAGCAGUUGGUCUAUCUUCUACAUUUACUGGCGAGACAGGGGCGUACAGUGAUCAUAAGCAUGCAUCAGCCUUCAGGUCUUGUCCUUCAUAUGGUGGACAAGUUAUACGGCAUCGUAGCUGGAAGAUGUGCCUACAUGGGCUCUGUAUCACUCCUACUGCCUUAUCUUAACCAAUUGAAUCUUACCUGCCCGCCAUACCACAACCCGAAUUUUUCAUUUUCAGUUAUAGAAAUAUGCAUAGAAAAUGAAAACGAUUUAGUUGAAUUCUCCGAAAAUGGUAAAAGUAAUAAAUGGACUCAAAACAAUUCUCAUGAGACUGAUAAAAAGAUAAUAGAAUAUAGAAGAAGUGAAGAAGUCUAUUUAACAACUUUACCAUCAACCAAGGGAGAUCCGACAAACAAAAUAUUGUUGGCUCUCAAAAGUACAUACCCCACAUCAGCUUGGAACCAAUUCAUAAUACUAAGUAAAAGAUCUCUUAUGGGAGUCUGGCGCAAUCCGUCCUUCGCCUUAUUGAUAACUGGCAUCCAUACGGCCAUGGCCCUGUUCGUUGGGUUUCUGUUUUUCAAUGUGGGUGAGGACGCAACGUACGUUAGAGACAAUUACAACUUCCUCUACUUUAGUCUCAUGUUUCUGAUGUUCACAGCAUUCACUUCUGUGUCCAUAAAUUUUCCAGAACAAAUCCCAGUUAUAAGACGAGAGCACUUCAACAGAUGGUAUAACACUGGAGCGUAUUACGCUUCAACAUUAGUAUCAACAUUACCCAUACAGACAGUGUGUACGCUACUGUUUGCGUCUAUUACCUACUUUCUAACCGGACAGCCUUUAGAAUUUAUACGAUUUUCAAUAUUUAGCAUAACGUUAUUACUAGUGUCAUUUGUUGCUCUUUGCGCCGGUCUCUUUAAUGGAUCGCUAUUUACAGUGAAAAAUGGAGUUAUCUUCGGACCACUCUUCAUAAUGCCAUUCACGAUAUUCUCCGGUUUCUUCCUUCGGUACAGCGACGCACCUAGCUUCAUACAGUGGAUAUUUAAUGUAUCAUUUUUAAAACAUGGUCUAGUUGGUUUAGUUAUUGCAAUAUUUGGUCUAGAACGUCCUAAACUAGUAUGUUCGGAUUUAUACUGCCAUUACUCGUAUCCAAGAAAAUUUAUAAAAGACAAUGGAAUGCACGAUGAAAAAUAUUCACUAGCGGUCAUAGCCCUGUUGAUAAUCGGAUCGGCGUUUAUAUGUUUGGCUUAUAUAGCUUUAAAAAUAAGAUUAAAAAGUAAAUGGUAG